AUGGGGAGGGAGAAACGCGUGCGCUUCGCGGACACGGUCGACGAAAUCAUACCCGCACCGGAGGCGGUGUGUUCAUCUCGCCACGCAGCGUCGGAGGGGAUCGCGGAGGACGGCUGGCGGGCCACCGGCCCUGGUCGAGAAGGGGAGUGGUGUCGGGCGCCGGGAAUCAGUCCAGAGGUGGCCAUCGCGGAGAGGGCCGCGCGGCGGCGUGAGCUUGAAGAGCGGGAUGCCGAAGACGGGACGGCGUUCCUGAGCGACGUUCGGCAGGCAGAGGAGGAGUAUGACGACCCGCCAGAGGAUUUCAAUGAUGGCGGCAUACCCAUCGAGCCCUUCCAUCUGAAGAAUGAGCGUGCAGAGGGAUACUUCGAUUCAGAUGGGCACUAUGUCCCAAACAGAGCCGAUCUGGAUGCAAACGAUGCAUGGUUGGACACAUUGGAUAACUCAUCUGUUUGGAAGAAGCCUGCCGAGGAUUCCAUGGCUGAGGAGCAGGCUGCUGAGGUCGAAAUGGAUGAGGACGACCUGCAGGCGUACAAAAAACGACUAGUGGACCUGCUUCUUCCAGAAGAAACGGUACUUCGUGCGCUGCACAGGCUGGGGUCCCAAGCAGCAGGCCCCACGGUAAGCGACUCCGCAGAGAUUGGAGCGGCUGGAUUGGGCACUGAAACAUGUGGAGGCAAGAGGAAGAAGCCCACACCUGCAAAGAGGAGGGUUCCAGUUGAAAACAGGGCCGCGUUCGACAAGAUGACAGAGUACGCCAGUUUGCUGCUGCUGCAUGGGGACUACAACGUCUACAGCCAGCACAAGGAGGAGAUGGAGCGAGAGCUGCAGGCAAAGGGCGUGGGACGGUCGUCAACUGGGAAGGACGCCGGAGGGGCCAGCGUGGAGGCAACUCCCGGCGCCCGCCAUCGGUCUAUGCCGCCCGAUCCUACCCUCACCAACGGCGCCGCAGCUCCCCCAAAGGCCGCCGAUUCCGACGUCGAUAUGUUCGGCGAGGACGACGCAUCGCCAUCCGGGCCGCAGGAAGGUGCGCCCAGCGCCGGCGGCCCGGGCGCCGAGCGCCAAGUGGCGUCCGCGGAAGGCGGGCAGUCAUCCGAGGCACCGACCCGUGUGCCCGUUCCUUUCGGUGUUCUGGGCGAGGACGAGGCAAUGAAGGGGGAGGGGGGUUACGCGGGUUACGCGUACGACCCCUCGUCGGGGUAUUACUACAACAGUGACGCGGGGUGUUACUACGACCCGGGGACUGGCCUCCUGGGGGACUCGGGGUCCGGGCUGUGGUACAGGUACGUGGAUGGCGAGUACAGGCUUGCGGACUCGUAG